AUGUUAUUCUAUGUAUCAUCAUCUUCUCUCACAGCCAUCAAUGAAUUUGUUGUUGUUAAACCUCUACUUGGAUCUAAAACGGUUAAUGAUGUUAUUCAAUUUUUAGAUGAAUUAAUUCCAAUGUCCAAUGCAUUUCCAGAAACAUUAAGAAUGAUUAAAAAUACGAUAACAUUAUCAAUGGCAACAAAUUAUUUGAUCUGUAAAAUGGAUGAAAGUACCAGUAAAAAAGUAUAUAAAUGAUCAGUUUAAAGGUUGAAUGAUCAGUUAAGAUAUUGAAUGAUCAAUACUUAGAUUACCAGUAAAUAAUAUGAAAAUGAUCAGUUUAUUAUACAGAAUAGCAGUAAAAAAAUAUCAAUUGUACCAGUAAAAAAAAGAAAUUUGAUAAGUAAAAAAUGAAAAUUUGAUAAGUAAAUAAGACAGAUUUUACCAGUAAAAAAGAUGAAAAUAUUGGCAAUGUGUAAUAUAGAAUGAGGAGGUUGUGGGUGUGGAUAUUUAAACAUUAUGAUACUCACACCCACACCCGACCAUGCGUUACUAAGUGAUGCUUCGGCUUCACCAGCAUUAUCAAACACAGCUUCUUUGACCCAAUAUUUUGUUCUUUUUUUCUUCUUUUGAGGUUUUUCAUUACUUUCUUUAUAAACUUCUUCAUCUGAUAAAUCACUUACAUAUUGAGCAACCUGGAUUCCUUCCAUAUUUUUUACGUGUUAACAAUAUGAUAAACGUGAAGGAACAAGAAAAAGAAAAGCAUAUAUAUGUUACAUUGUGUAGAUAUAGGUCAACGAAGAAAAAGAAAGAAAGACAACAAACCACAAAGUGAUUCAUCUUGUCCUACUUUUUACUUCUCUACUGAUUCUUUGAUUUAACUGACUGCUAUAUUAUUUUAUUUACUGAUAUUCAAAUUUUAUUACGUCACCUUUUCAUUUAACAACUGAUCAUAUAUAUAGUUUACUGGUACUUCAAUAUAUAACUGAUCAUUCAUUUAAUCAACUGAUUUUAUAAUAUUUUUUCCUACUGAUCAUAUCAUCUAUUUUACUGAUCACUUAAAUCCAUGCCAUUAUCAAUUUCAUAAGUAAUUAAUGAGAGAUCUUUCUCGAAGAUGGAGAUAAUCAAAAACUAUCUUUGAAAUACAAUGAUUGAUAGACGUUUAAGUGACUUAAUAGUAUUGGAUGUUGAACGUGAUAGUAAUAGAUAAAUUUUCAAAAGAUCACAAGAACUGUAGGAUUGUAUUGCGUCAAGUUGUAUCGUUAAAUGUUAUCAAUAAAGAUAGCUGAGUUCUCUGCACAUAACUGUGGAUGCUUUAUUCAUGAUAUAGAUCAAAUAGCAUUCCUAACGAGUCAAAAAAUUCGAAAAACUUGCACUACAUAUUUUGACGGUUUGGGAGGUGAGUAGGCAUCUGCAAAGUGGUCCCGGUCCCGGUCCCGCCGGGACCGGGACCGGGACCGAAAUUUUUAAGCUAGUCCCGGUAUUAUUUUUUAUCAGAAACUCGAUUCUGCGUUUAGGUAUUUCUUAUAUUUUUGUGAUCAGAAAUCUAAAAAAACAGCAAUUUUCUUUACAAUUCUGAUAAAAAUUUUCAUCGAUCCUCGUUUCAGUUUCAAGAAUCGGAAUUUUUUCACCAUAAUACAAAUUUUAACUGACAUCAAGUCCAGACCGGGACCGGGACCGGGACCAAAAAAAAAUUUGGGCCGGGACCGGCACCGGGACCAAAAAAAAUUUGGGCCGGGACCGGGACUGAAGAAAAAUUUUGACCGGGACCGGGACCGGGACUAAAACAUUUUUCACCGGGACGGGACCGGGAUCGGGACCAAAAAAACUGAUUUUGCAGAUGUCUAGAGGCGAGUCUCCUCUCCUCCCCGGAAUGAAAAUUGCUGGUGCCGCCUCUACAACAAAGUAUAUUUCUUACACUCUGAUUUUUCAACAAAGUAUAUAAAGCAAUGUGUAUUUUGGAAGCAGCAGAUGUUCUGUGCAUUUUGCUUCUGCUUGGUAUACUUGUCAUUAGAAACACUUGUUUGAUAUCUUAAAGAGUGCUUUCACUUAUAAUAGAAUACGAUUAUACUGUGAAAAUUCCGAGGUGAGCGAAAAGUAUUAGUACUUUUCAGAAAAAUUGCCUUUUCUUUAUUUUAACAAAUCUGGAAACACUCAAAGUUAGGCAUCUAGCCCUAGCUAUAAGGUAAAUAUAUAUGCUCGUGCGACAGAGAAGAUUUUCUUUUCCGCAGGUCGCAAAGAACUGCUGAAGUUUUUAUUCAUAAGGAAUGUGUACAAAAAACAAUUUUUACAAUAACUUCAAUAUUUCACAAUUCUUCUUUUCAACAUUGUCUUUUCAAUUUAUCAUGAUGAUCCUUAAUAUUCUUCAUUUUUGCGGCCUAAAGAAAAAAAUCUUCUCUGUCAUACCAGUCUAUAUAUCUACCUUAUAUCUAAGGCUAGAUGACUAACUUUGAGCGUUUCCAAAUUUGCUAUAAGAAAGAAAAAUCAAUUUUUCUCAGAAGUACCAAGACUUUUGGCUCACCCUAUAUCUGAUAAACUGUAUAGUGAAAUUAUUAUUGGUGUUUUAUGAUUAUUUUUUCUGUUAAUAGUAGCAUAAAAUUUCUUAUUUCAAUAAUCAAUCUUUCUAUUUAUUUAAAAACAAUUACAUACAAAGAUAAGAUAUUUUUCUAAAUACAACUAAAUUUUACCACCA